AAGCACGAGAUCUACGAAACUAUCAUAAGCUGCCACCCACUGGUGUUUAGUUAGCUAGGUCUAGCUAGCAAGCUCGUUAACUCUGCUGCAGAGCCUUUCAAUGCUCGACAACUGAGGGGGACUAGCUAUCUGGCUGUAACACAUAUGUACACUAUAUAGUACAGUCUGUUAUUUUUUCUAGCUAACCAGUUCUGGUGACACAGAUAUGAGUAUAAAUAUAAAACAUUUAAAGGCCAUCUGGGCUAACCACACUUACUGUUCAUAAUUGAACAGGCCGUAAGUUAGAUAACUCGCAAACUAGCUAACUAACUAGCUAACUGUUAGUCUAGGGUGAAUUCGCAUGCCCUAACUUGGCGGCCAGUUUUGCCUGGCGCGAAAGUGAAUAUCGAGAUAACUACCUUUGUGUACAAAGAAAUAACCGUUGACGCAGAAAUAAUAUAAUAUUAAUGUACGUUUUUAGCUAGAGUUUUGUUUACUAGCUGUAUUGUAUGACUGAUUUAUGGCAGACCGACCAGCAAUCAACAAGUGAUCUAAUGUUCCCAGACUCACGUAUUCUAGAGUGUUAUUUUUCAGUUAGUCUAUACUAGCUAACUAGUUAAUAUCGGCGCUGUAUCAGGACCUGAUUAAUUUGAGCCUAUACGAAAAGGCGACCCGAGUCAAGUGCUGUAGCGUGCCUUGUAAGCUGUCCUGGGACCAGCUGCAGACGCGGUGUCGCCAGGAAAAGGUGUCCUGUAAGCUCCUUGGUGUCAGCAAGAACAACAUCAACGACUAUGAGGUGGAGUACCUGUGCGACUACAAGAAGACGAAGGUGAGCGGCUCGCGGGUGCUGAAACCGAUUCGGAUCCGCCCCCACAUCGCGUGUGAUGCUGAUGUCACUGCCCGGGGUAGCUGCAGUUGAUAUCGCGGACGUGCAUGCCACAGGUAAACGCAGGGCGCACCCACACGCUCGGCUCCCUGGCUAAACUGCUCAGGAGUAAAAAGGAGGUGGAGUUCUACCUGGUGAAGUGGAAGGACUACCCCGAGUCGGCCAACACCUGGGAGCCGCGGCGGAACCUGAAGUGCUUCAAGCUGCUGCGGCAGUUCCGGCAGGACAUGGAGGCGGAGCUCCGGCGGCGGCGGAAGCGCCUGGGCGGGAAGCGGCUGGACCCGGGCGUGGCGUCCUACCUGGCGCAGCGCGCCAAGCAGCGGCAGCGGCUGCAGCGCUGGGAGGCGGAGCUGAACGCCACCAGCAGCCACAAGGGCCGCAUCUUCGUCCGCAACGACGCCGACCUGGACGGCCCGCCGCGCGACUUCACCUACGGCAACAACUACCGGGCGGGCGACGGCGUGUCGCUGACGGAGGUGGCGGCCGGCUGCGAGUGCUCCGACUGCCUGGGCGCGCCCGUGGGCGGCUGCUGCGCCGGCGCCGCCCUCCACCGCUUCGCCUACAACGAGCGCGGCCAGGUGCGGCUCCGCGCCGGCCUGCCCAUCUACGAGUGCAACUCGCGCUGCCGCUGCGGGCCCGACUGCCCCAACCGCGUGGUGCAGCGCGGCAUCCAGUACGACCUGUGCAUCUUCAAGACCCCGGACGGGCGCGGCUGGGGCGUGCGCACCAUGGAGCACAUCCGCAAGAACUGCUUCGUCAUGGAGUACGUGGGGGAGAUCAUCACCACGGAGGAGGCGGAGAGGAGGGGACACAUCUACGACAGGCAAGGCGCCACGUACCUGUUCGACCUGGACUACGUAGAGGACGUGUACACGGUGGACGCCGCGCACUACGGGAACAUCUCUCACUUUGUCAACCACAGCUGCAACCCCAACCUGCAGGUGUACAACGUCUUCAUCGACAACCUGGACGAGCGGCUCCCCAGGAUCGCCUUCUUCUCCACGCGGCCAAUCAGAGCGGGGGAGGAGCUCACGUUCGACUACAAGAUGCAGAUCGAUCCGGUGGACGCGGAGAGCACGAAGAUGGACUCUAACUUCAGCCUGGCCGGCCUCACCGGCUCUCCCAAAAAACGCAUCCGCGUGGAGUGCAAGUGCGGGGUGGAGUCCUGCAGGAAGUACCUGUUCUAACAUCCCCCCCCCGCCCCCCCCGUUUUUACAUGAGCCUGCCACAUAUAUAUAUGUGUACAUAUGUAUAGAUAUAAAAAUAUAUAUGUACACGCGCACAUAUAUUAAUGUAUGUGUGUGUGUGUUUCUCUUCUUCUGGGGAAAUCGUUUUGCAGAUUCCUCCCCCCCCCCCACUCCAGAUAACUGUAUUUAGUGGGCGGCAGAUUGGAAUGAUAUCACAGGGAUUUUAGCAUUUUAUCUUCUUUUUUUUUUUAAUUCUUUUUUUUUUUGUCAUGGUGCUGUCAGGAUAUUCAUCCCUCUGAUUCGACUUCUCAGCGCUCCACACACCGUCAGAAACUGGGUCAGCUGGGUCUGCGUCUCUGUGCUGGGUCAGCGUCUCUGUGCUGGGUCAGCGGCUCAGCCAUGCUGGGUUAACGUCGCUGGGUGCUGGGUGGUCCUUAUCUCAGCUUUGGCCGGUGUCUCAGUUCUGGGGAUCAUGUGAAUUGAAUUGUGGCCUGUAUGUAAAUGCAUAGGGUAUCUGGGGUUAAUAACGUCCAAUAGCGUGCCGGAUUCAGACCUUAGACUGGUUGAACUCCUCCCACUGCUCAUUUCAGCCUGUGGUCUGACUGCUUUAGGUGAUCAGUGUGUGGCUGUGUGUGAGGCAGGUAAUCAGAGGGCCAGCAAGGUUGUGUAUUCCUCUCCGUCGCUGUCCUGCUGUCUCUGUGCCAGUGUAAUAAUAUCAUAAUGCAUAAUACAUGUAUGCAUUAAUAUUUUUCAUCUUCUGUGUGUACAUAUGUUUAUAUAAAAUGGAUAAUGGACGUGUGUUUCGGUGUUGUCUAUGCAUGUAUACGUCAGCGGGAAGCAGCAUUACGCUACGGUGAUAAAGUUUAUUUUCUGAGGCCCGUCGUCGUGGUGACGCUCAUCGGUCGAGCUGACGCUGCCGAAUGCGCCUGCAGUGGGCCUGUGGAGUCGGCCCGUAGCGUCCGAGCGCCCGCGACUCGCCGGGUCUGAACCGCACCGCGCCCAUGGCCGGGCAGCGGGAAUGCUUCUGCGUUCGCGUGCGAACGCUUUCGGCGACGCCCGCCGUCGAAGUUUUUACGCGCCCCGAGUGCGCGUUCUGAGAAACGGCGUCCGUGCGAUAGCUUGCGGAAAGCGGUGUCGGUCGGACGCGUGCUUUUGAAGUUGGCGUUUGGGUAUGGGAGCUCUCUGUUCUUAGAGGGCUUUGCGUGACUGGCCCGGUGUCGGAACUCGGAGGGAGAGGCUGCACUUCCGACACCCGUCUUCCAAAAGCCUUGUCCCGUCGUGUGCCGUCUCCUCAGCCCUCACUUUUUUCGUUUUCAUCCGUUUGAUGCCUUGCAGUUUUGGCAAGCGAGCCAGCUUUUGAGGUGAAACUAAUGGCGAGCGAGUUGCCCAAGGAAAAUUGUUGCUGCUAGAUUUGUGAACUACCUCUGAUUAUCAAUAGCAUGAAGAUGCUACGUAGCAACAGCUCUGCUGUGGAGAUUCUGUUUGGCCGGCUGGUCUGAUGUUUCCCUCUGAGCUCUGAAAGGUGACUGUAGGGCAUCGUGAUUGAUGUGCUCUGAAAGGUGACUGUUGGGCAACGUGAUUGAUGUGCUCAGAGCUCUGAAAGGUGACUGUAGGGCAACGUGAUUGAUGUGCUCAGAGCUCUGAAAGGUCACUGUAGCGCAUUGAUUGAUGUGCUCAGAGCUCUGAAAGGUGACCGUAGAGCAUUGUGAUUGAUGUGCUCAGAGCUCUGAAAGGUGAGGGUAGAGCAUUGUGAUUGAUGUGCUCAGAGCUCUGAAAGGUGACUGCAGCGCAUUGUGAUUGAUGUGCUCAGAGCUCUGAAAGGUGAGGGUAGAGCAUUGUGAUUGAUGUGCUCAGAGCUCUGAAAGGUGACCGUAGAGCAUUGUGAUUGAUGUGCUCUGUAAGGUGACUGUAGCGCAUUGUGAUUGAUGUGCUCAGAGCUCUGAAAGGUGACUGUAGCGCAUUGUGAUUGAUGUGCUCAGAGCUCUGAAAGGUGACUAGCGCAUUGUGAUUGAUGUGCUCAGAGCUCUGAAAGGUGACUGUAGCGCAUUGUGAUUGAUGUGCUCAGAGCUCUGAAAGGUGACUGUAGCGCAUUGUGAUUGAUGUACUCUGUAAGGUGACUGUAGGGCAUCCUGAUUGACGUGGCUGAAGAGUCCGUGCAGUCUCUCCCCAGACUGUGUGCGGUUUUCACGAACAGAACACAGAUUGAACACAUGGUCCUGCGAUCGCAGAACCUGGAAGGCGCUGUCAUAGCAACUGGCACCGGGACGGCGCUGUCAUGGCAACCGCACAGGAAUUUGGUCGUCAUGGCGACGGCACCAGGACACCGCUGUCAUGCCGACCCCGCCGGGGCGGCGCCGCCGCCAUGGCGACAGGAGCUCGCGCUUUGCCCGCUGUGCAGACAGCGCUGUCGCGUGUAGCACUUGGACAGAACUCAUACAGGUGCUGACCGACAGGCUUACGCCGCUCGUGCGCUAACUCCGCCGUUCUCCGCGCGGCGUUUGGACAGCGCAACGAGCGAGCGCUACGGCGUACGAGCAGCGGGAUGGCGGCUUCCGCGUGCCGCAGCGACUCCCAGCCUGGGCAUCGAACCGGUGCCCGCAUCACUAACACCAGUUCCUUAAAGGCUAAAGCUAUUACUGUAUCUGUCUUGUGUUGCUUUUAAUGUGCGCUUUUAUGUUUUUAUACUUUUUUAUUAUUCAUCUUGUCUUGAAGUUUUGCAAAUUAACUAAAGUUAAACAAGUUGCAAAUGAAAAUGUAAAAGGUUGAAAUGUAACUGAGGCACUCCCUGUACUGUAUCAGUUACGCAUCUUUAAAUAUCUGGAUGACUAGAAUUUCAGUUGAUAAUGUAAGAUCUAAAGGACCCAGGAUCUUGUACCACUAACUGCCACAAGGUGGGGCAGUUAUUCGCACCACAGUUUACCAGGUUGACAUUUCACAUGUGAACUGAUUUGAGGAAAUUUUAAAUAAAUUUUACUUUUUUGUAAAAUA